UAGCUCAACAACCAAUCAAUCAGAAGAUAUCAAACCAUGGAAGGCUUGAUACCUUUUCUAGUCCGAGCUGUGAAGAAGCAACGGCCGCAGAACGCCUACCGCUGCCUCUCCGACAACUCCACCGGCCGGAGCUACCACCUCCUUGUUGCCGGUGGCGGCAGCGGCGGGGAUGACGGAAGAAUCCGAUGCGAUCUUCAGCCACCGGCCACCGCCGAAUUACCUAUCGCCGCCACCGUCUCUGCCUCAGAUGCCGGCAAUGGCCUGAGGCAGAGAGGUUUUAGCACCGGAGGAAGGAUGCCGGCCUAAAGUCGAAGAUUCCGACAAUUGACAUUCGUUUGUUCGUUGAAUGUGAAGAAUAAAUUUGUAAUGGAUGAGCUAAUUGUAAAUCUAUAGUAAUGUGAAAUGUUACCUUAAAGUCUUUAGCAAUGUAACAGCAAAAUAUGGAAAAUUUUCUGAUAAAAAACAGAUCUUUGAAAGA